GCGCAGCGCAUACUUCCUGGUUACAGACUGGGGAAACAAGGACAUUUUCGCAUAAUUCGGGAAAUUUCUUUCUAAAUACUUGUUGAAUUUUAUCUCCUGUAAUUUAAUACAGACAGCACAAAUAUAACAGGAAGUUUAUUUAUAAUCGUUUUAAAACAGUCAUGAACCGAUGUCACAAAUUAAUGACUGAUGGGAAAAAGUGUUGACGUGGGUGUCAUAGCGGCCAAUUGAAGGAGAGCUGCAUCAAGCCACUUAUCUCAAUUAAACCUUAGGCCACACACACCCGUUUGGACAUUAGAGAUCUCAGCUGUCUGAGAGCCAAAAUGACUGCGUCAAACUGGGGUCUGAUCAUGAACGUUGUGAACAGCAUUGUGGGUGUGAGUGUCUUGACGAUGCCCUUCUGCUUCAAACAGUGUGGAAUUGUGUUGGGCACAUUGUUGUUGUUCUUCUGUUCGUGGAUGACCCACCAGUCCUGCAUGUUUCUAGUCCACUCGGCCAGUAACACAAAACGCAGGACUUACGCUGGACUAGCUUUUCAUGCUUAUGGAAAACCAGGCAAGGCACUUGUGGAAUUAAGCAUGAUUGGCCUCAUGUUGGGGACAUGCAUUGCUUUCUAUGUGGUCAUCGCAGAUCUGGGUUCCAACUUCUUUGCUCAGCUGCUUGGGCUGGAGGUGACGCGUAGCUUCCGUAUCGUGUUACUGAUCGCUGUGUCGCUGUUCAUUGUGCUGCCGCUCAGCUUGCAAAGGAACAUGAUGUCAUCAAUCCAGUCGUUUUCAGCCAUGGCGCUUAUCUUCUACACACUCUUCAUGUUCACGAUGGUGCUCUCCUCCUUCAAACACGGCCUCCUCACUGGCCAGUGGCUGAACAAGGUCAUUUACGAUCGGUGGGACGGCGUCUUUCGCUGCAUCCCUAUCUGUGGCAUGGCAUUUGCCUGUCAGUCACAAGUAUUGCCCACUUACGACAGCCUGGAUGAGCCCUCGGUGAAGAGAAUGAGCACAAUAUUCACCUCCUCGCUCAACGUGGUCACAACCUUCUACAUCACAGUGGGGUUCUUCGGUUAUGUGAGCUUCACAGAUAACAUUGCCGGGAACGUACUGAUGAACUUUCCAUCUAACCUGGUAACAGAAAUGAUUCGUGUGGGCUUCAUGAUGUCUGUGGCUGUGGGCUUUCCUAUGAUGAUCUUGCCCUGCAGACAGGCUAUCAACACCAUGCUAUUCGAGCAGCAGCAAAAGGAUGGCACCUUCGCCGCAGGUGGAUAUAUGCCUCCUCUUCGCUUCAAGAGCAUCACUCUUUGCAUUGUUUUUGGCACCAUGUUGGGCGGCAUCCUCAUUCCUAAUGUGGAGACCAUCCUGGGUUUGACUGGAGCCACCAUGGGCAGUCUGAUCUGCUUCAUCUGCCCAGCUCUCAUCUACAAGAAGAUCAUGAAGAACGCCUGGACUGCACAGCUGGUUCUGUGGGUCGGUCUCGGCAUCCUGCUAAUCAGUACCUUCACAACGCUGUCCAUUUCCUCCAACGAGCCACAGAAAUUAAAUCCUCCUCCGGAUGUUCCUGUAAAAACUGAGGACAAGCCUCCUAUCCUUGUCGCCCAUGAGUUGCCUAAAGGACCAGUGCACGAGAAUAGACUGGAACCUGAUCCAGGAGAGAAGCCAGAUAGGCCACCAAUUGUGGUUGAAAAGCCAGUAGAGAAGGCACCAGCAGAGCCCCCUCAAAUUAAAGUACCUGGGGAAGUGGCUGAGCGAAAGGAUAAGAAGGAAAAGGUUCAGCUGGACCGCCCUGAAGCAGGUGUUGCGGUCCCAGAAGGGGAAGCCCAUCGCCAUGAGCCACCCAUCCCUCAUGACAGAGUUCAGAUAGAUGAGAACAAAAACCAGGAGGAACUGGAGGAUGAAAAGAAACAACCUAUAGUUGUGGAGGAAGAAAAGAAACUACCUGCCAGAGAGGAGGAGGAGCUUCUUGCUGAGCAGGGGGCGGGGCAAGCACAAGAGGUGGAAGCUGUUAAAGAGGAGGGAUCAAAAGAAAAAGAUGCGGUGAAAAGGGAUGUCCAUCAGGACCAGCAUGCAGUUAAUGAAGUAUUGGACAAGGUGAAAAAUCCAGAGGAUCUGAAGAAGGUGGAACCCGUGGUGGUCCAUAAAGAACCAGACAACCUGCCUGAAUUGAAAGAACGGCAAAAUGUGAAUGAAGCGCCCCGAGAGAAGAAGACAGAGGAGCUGGACAAAGCCCCUGAACCCCAGGGUGAGAAAUCGAAGGAGAAGUUUCUGGUGCAGGAGCACAAGGAAAAGAAGGAUGUAGGGGCAGAAAAGGAUGGAGAUGGGGACAAGAUGGAAGUGAUUAAAAAGAUUGUUGCAGAGGGUCAGUUGGACCACGCUGUGCUGCUGCAGGUUAUUAAGGAGCAGCAGGAACAGCAGAAAAGGCUUCUGGACCAACAGGAAAAACUCCUGGCUGUGAUUGAGGAGCAACACAAGGAGAUCCACCAAAUUAAGGAGGGAGAAGAAGAACCAAAGGCAGUCGAACAGCAGAAAAGACAUGUGCACCUUGAAGAAAAACACUCAGAUGUGAAUGAGGAGAUCCAUCAAGUAAAGGAAGGAGAAGAUGAGCCAAAGCCAGCAGCAGGAGAGGGUGUAGGUGAGUUGGGGAACAUUGUGCAGAAGGAGUUUGAAGGGAUGGAAGGGGCAGUGAAGCCUAAAGUUGGCGCUGCCGCUCCAGACCAAUUCAAGCAGCCUCGGGGAGAGUCUGAAGAACCUGAAGCAAAGGAGGCUCAAGUCGUAGUUGGUCUUCCCAACAAUGCCCUUGAAGCGGAGCAAGAGCAAGAUGGAGGUGUUAAAGUUCCCAAGAAGGAGGCGCUGGAGCUAAACAACCAAGUAGGGCAAAAUGGAGCACUUACUCCAGAAGUCGGUGCCCGGGGGGUUCCUCUGCGUCCUCGAGAUCCAGAACCGGCCAAAAUCAAUCCUGAUGCUCUUGCAGAAGAGGAGGAGAGAGUGAGGCAGAAAUUGGCCCAACUGGAGGCAGAGAAGGAGAGAAUAGAGAAAGAAAAGCUGGAGAAGGAAAGGAUUGAGAAAGAGGUGCAGGCCCGUGUCGAGAAGGAGCGGAAGGAACGAGAAAGAAAAGAGGAACUGGCACGUGAGCAGGAGCUAGAACGUGUGCGGCAGCAAAAGGAACAGCUAGAGAAGGAAAGGCUUGAAGCGGAGAGGAUGAAACUCGAAAGAGAGAGGAUGGAUAAAGAGAUCAUGGAGAAUGACGAGAAGGAGAAAAGAUUGUUGGAGCAGAAGGAGCAGCUAGACCAGAUGCAGCAGGUCAUCGAUGCACGACAGGUGAAGGGAAGUCUUGAGGACAGGAGUUUGAAACUGGAACGAGAGAAGACUAAUAAAGAUAUCAUGGAGCGUGCAGAGAAAGAGAAAAGGAUACUCGAGCAGAAAGAACAACUAGACAAACCACAGCAGGUCAUUGAAGCAAAGAAGGACGGUGAUGCCCCCAAAGCAGAAGAAGUCCUCCCAAUACUCAAGCAAAAAGGAGGCAGGGACUUUAAGGAGAAUAUAGUUCCACCAGAAGAGGAGAAGAAAGAGGAAAAGAGGAGCAGAGAGGAUGGAGGACUGGACCUUAAGAGGAGACGCAGAUCUGUGGACCCUGAGGGCGGAGGAGGCGCUGACCUGGAUCUUCUGCGGGACGUAGGAGGCUUAGACUUACACGCUGACCUAAAGGGGCAGCUCCUGGCGGGAUCUCUGAUUCACACACGCCAGCUUAAACAGACGUUUCAGAGGCAGGAGAAUGAAGACUAGAGUAGGUUGUUCCAGAAUUACAAUCUCUGGAACCCAGUGCACCUCUCCCUGGACCUCUCAAAAACAAACAUGAUCUGGCAGUGAGAAGACUCUCUUUCCUCUUCAUUUUAAAAGUAGAUACCUUUAUCUAAGACACAUCAUUUUCUGGGUUGGGGAUGACAGUGGGCCCUUUGCUUUGAUCCUUUUGUUGCCUGCGGGGAACACUGGAUCCAUAGUCUCUUAUGGUCUUCCAUUAUUGUUUUGUGUGAGAUUUUGCUGAAUCUGGUGCAAUAAACAGAAUGUCUGGUGUAAUAAACUGAGCAGGCAUCACAUUAAAAACAGGCCUUGAUGGGCACACAGGGCAUUUCAGAAUAUUGUGUUUUGGACCAUCGCAUAGGAAAACGGCACAAGUGUACCCUCUCGUGGCUAUUAUGGUAAAUUGUACGGCCUGUUCUAAAAUGUAAUAUCCCUAGUGCAUACAUCCUUAUUGAAGUUUUAUCUUCUGUGAAUGAAAAUAGAAGCCAAAUUAAUAUAUUUUAAAAUGCAGCUUUUAUCUUCUUGCAGAAGCUUUAUUUUCUUCUAUAGGAACUAUAAUGAAAAUGGAGUGUUAAUGUAACUUUGGCCAGCAGGUUCAAUGGUCCAUCUGCUUGCUAGAAUAGUGACAUGAUAUUAUCUGAAACUACACUCACUCUACGUUAAGACAUAUUUGUUUUUCCUGUGAAAUUAGAAAAAAGUGGUCUGAGAUUGGUUAAUGGUUUUCAGAAAAGGCCUGAAGAAAUCAUAAUUUAUUUGUAUUUGUCCAAAAUCCUUUAUGAAACUUUUUUUUGUAAUUUCAAAUUGCACUCAAAUCUGUCUAUUGAAGGAGUGUCUUUUUUUCUGUGUCUUCAGGAUCAGAUAUUCCUUCCAGAUGGUUAACUUAUGAUAAUAGUUUAUUUAAAAGUGAACUGUUAUAACUAAUAGUUAAUCAGACCAGCUAUAAGUGAAUGAAUUAUGUUUAUUUUUUAUUUAUCUUUUACUAGCCAAGUUUUUUUUUCUGGUUGUCUCAAAUGUGUUUCAGUGGUCUGUGACUCUUUGUGAAAGAACUCAACUCUCAUCUUUUGAGGUUGAUCUGAAAUUGGACCCUGUAUAUAUUCCAGAUUUAGUGUUGAACAUAAGAUUACCGUUUCCCCACAGUCAAUUCCUUGCAGCUGGUUUCUUUUCUGGGUUGCAUUGCUUUUUUCUUGAACAUUCCAUAUUUUUCAUGUGAAGAUUUGGUUCUGGUCAGUGCCUUACGGGGUUUAUGUUCUGCAUUGAUGUGUAUUUGAAGACCUUUACACCUACACUGUGUGUGGAUUGCAACUUUUUGUCCCCUUUCUGCAUUUUCUAUACCAUGCUGGUUAAACUAAUCAGGGUAGUAGACCGUAUUCUCUUGAUGUAUUUCCUGAUCUCGCUUUUGGGGAUCUUUUUCCUAUUUCAAAAGAAAGUAAAUAUAUAGAUAUGGUUUGAAGUCAAAUGAGAUUCAUUGAAAGUUUAUCCAGAUACAGUCACCAGAUGAUGUGUAGAUCUCUAAAAAAAUGAAUCAAUCUACAUGUUAGCAGAUUUCAGAGGUUGAUGACUAAUUGAUGACCCUAACGAUUUUAUUUUGUUCUUAAACUGGGAUAAAUUAAUAAACUUAUUUAUGUAACAGCA